AUUUAAAAUGGAAUACGAGGACAUCCAGGAAGAUAUAGAGGCAAAUAAGGAAGAAAUUGAGAACCAGCUAGAUUCUUACUCCGACCUUGCAGGAGCUGACCAGAAAGCAGCCCUUGCCAAGAUUAAUAAGUUGAUCAAGGAGAUGGAGUCCAAUACAAAGGAUUUUAGACAGAGCUAUUUAGGAGCUGAUAUCCCCAUUGUGAAGGAGGCAGAGCUUAAAGAUAACUACCAGAGCUAUGUAGACCUAGCGAAAGAAUACAAAGAACGAGUCCAGAGGCUGAACAUGGUGGUUGAUUCUCAGAGUGAAGAGAAAGAUGAAGAGAGCCUUGUCUUUAAAAAUGGCAAAAUUGAUUAUAACAAGAAUACUACAGAACAAGUCGUCAAACAUGGAUUAGAUACCCAAGAUAAGUCAAAGAAGGUCGCUGAGAGACUUGAAGGUAGAGUUCAUGAGAUGAAUGACAUGGCUGAUGACCAACUUGAAGAACUUGAUAGACAAGAAGAAGUCAUCCUCAAAAUUAACGAGGCAAAUAUGGAGAUUGAAAGUGACAUGAAGAGAGCUCAGAAAUAUAUCAAAUACUUUGCAAGAACUUACAUGCAGGAUAAGUGCAUUAUAGUCCUGAUUUUCCUCUGAUGUGUUGCAAUUUUAGGAGUCUUCAUUGUAGCUCUCAUCGAUGAUAAGUAAUAAAAUAUUUACUUACUGAUAUUAAAUAAUUUUCACAAGCUUUUUGUCGGAUGGUGCAGCAGAAAGAAUUUUAACAUUGAUAUCCUCCCUUUUCUUCAGUAUUGGUGAUCA